CUCCAAAGUUUUGUUGUAGUUUGUCCAAUUUCCACCACAAGGUCACAUUUGGAUGAUCAGAUCCAGAAGGGAGGCAUGGCAUUCCUCUUCCUCGGCUCCUAUGAGAUCGUGUGGGUUUUUUCCAGCUUCUUUAAUCCCAACAAGGUCUGUGAUUUAUCCAAAAAACCUCCAGAGGGAAGCAUCUAGGAGGUAUCCAAUCAGCUGCUACCACUCUGAUUUAUUCCACAUUUUCAUCAGGCAGUUUUUCACUGAAACGCUGUAAAACGUUAUGUAUAGAUCUGUUGGCCAUACAUUUUAGAAGUAAGUGUAAAAUUAGCAUCCUUGACUGCCAACAACCACAAAAUCCACAUGUGUUCCUCACAUGUACACACACAUUUAAAAUCAAAAUGACUUGCUUAUCUAUGAAUAUGAGCCCAGUCACACUACAGUAGAAGCUUGUAUCUGUCAUGUAUGUUCAGGAACGUCUUGUUUUGACUACAAUCGAAUUCUUUUGAACUGGAUGGACCAGUAGAGCAAGAGCUUGGCAAUUUGGCUGCACCUCCUUGACAGAGUGGAGCAACGCCCUCAUCACUCAACACAGCUUCAACAUAAACAAUUUCAUGGGUUGACUGUAAUGUGAAUUUGGAUAAAUUUAGAAAUAAAUGGGAUUUUUUUAAUCAAUGUUCAGGGAGAACCCAGACAGGAACACUGAAAACUGAUCCUUAAAGUCCUUAUUAGGGCAAAUGACCAUUAUUUGACCACUUGUGCAUAUUUGAUUUAUGUCACGCUGCGCAGGUGAGUUGAGCGGUCAAAGUUAGGAUCCAAACGCAGGAAACAGAAAGGCAGGCUGAUGAGGACAUGCAAAAGGGUUUUAAUAAUGAGCACGAGACAGUGAAACAAUGAACUGACAAGACAAACAGAACUGAGGGUUUAAAUACAUGAGGAGCCGGAGCUUGGGUGAUCGGAAAAUGAGAGGCAGGUGGGAGUAAUCAGAAGACACACGACUGAAAAGAAUGGGGAGACAGACAGCCUGUUGCGCCCUCGCUGGAAAAAGCCACUUCCCUAAUUUGAGUACGGUAAGUUUCGCGCUCCUGGAAAGUUGUGCGGACUUGGAGGAGUCAUCUGCGCGUUUGGAAGGACAGGUCACAGAUAAACAGAAGGAAGUGGGACCAGCGGCACGGAGCUCGACUCGAUGCUGCCGUGUUCAGCACAAAGUCUCUGAUCUGCUGACGGAGAAUGUUCACCCGGCUGCGAUUUCACCACGGCGACUUUUGAGGAGUUUCAAAAGACCGCGACUUCCAUCAGCAUCAUCAUCAUUCAUCAUCAUCAUCAUCAUGGGCUGCAACAGGCUGGUGUGGGGAUUGGUAGGAGCUGCUGUCGUCAUCACGUUAAUAACCGUGCCAGCUGUUUAUUACAGCAAGUCCGGAGCUUCAAAAAGGCCUUUCACACUUCAGGAUUACUUCAACACCACCAUCAGAAAGAGAUCCUACAAUCUGCACUGGAUAUCAGAUGUGGAGUAUCUGCAUAAAACAAGCGAUGGCCAUAUUUAUCUCCACAACGCUGAAACAAAAGUGGAAUCGUUGUAUCUGAGCAAUUCAACUUUUGCGAAGGUGGAUGCUACUGAUUACUGGUUGUCGAGUGAUUUCAACUAUGUUGCAUUUGAAAGCAAUUACACAAAGAACUGGAGGCAUUCAUAUACGGCCUCGUAUUCCAUCUACGACAGAGAGAAGUCAACUUUUGUGACAUCAGUCAGCCUUCCACCUGCUGUGCAGUACUUUACCUUUGGACCAACAGGAAGCCAGUUUGCCUACGUCUCAGACUUCAAUGUUUAUUUCAAGUCCAGUGUCGAUGCUCAAGUUGUUCAGAUCACACGAAAUGGGAAAAUGAAUGAGAUUCUGAACGGCAUCCCUGACUGGGUGUAUGAAGAGGAAGUGUUUGCAUCAGCUGGGGCAAUUUGGUGGUCUAAAACGGGAAAAUUCCUGGCCUACGCAGAAUUUAAUGAUACAGAAGUGCAUAAAGUGGAAUACAUUUGGUAUGGAUCAGAGCCGUAUCCUCAAACCGUGGAGGUUCCAUACGCAAAGGCUGGAUCAAAAAUUACCAAGGUAAAACUGGUUGUGGUUGAUACAUCUAACCCAUCCGUCCGUGCUCAAGUGUUCCCUCCUGCAUCCAUUGCCUCGGGUGACCACAUUUUGUGCUCAGUGACCUGGGCGUCAGAUGAACGUGUCGCUGUUCAGUGGCUCACGCGAAAACAAAAUCACCUUGUGGUACAGAUCUAUGACUUCGAUGGAGGCAGUUGGAAAGAAAAACAGACAUUUGAGCAAACAAGCAAGACAGGCUGGAUCGGUCAUUAUACGCCCCUGCCUCUUUUCUUUGCUGAAGAUAACCUCAGUUUCUACAAAAUCAUGAGCGAUUCUAAGGGCUACAAACACAUUCACCUUGUGAAAAAUGGCGUAGCAACACCGAUUAGCUCUGGAGAGUGGGAAGUUAUUUACAUAUCAAAACUAACAAAGGACGCCAUAUAUUUUGUGAGUAACCAGUACAAGGGAGUACCUGUAAAAAGAAAUCUUUACAGGGUUAUGAUUGGGGGCAGCUCCUCAGCCCCGCAGUGUCUCACCUGUGACUUGCAUGAGGACAGGUGUCAGUACAAUUCAGCUUACUUAAGCGUUGAUGCUUCGUUCUACCGAAUGGACUGCUACGGGCCUGGAUUGCCCCUUUACACACUCAUGGACAACAGGGGCUCAGGUGCAGAGUUACAGAUUCUGGAAGACAACAAGGAUUUGGAAAACAUGCUCUCCGAAGUUCAAAUGCCAACAAUGAAGUACGGCACCUUAAAGGUUGCAGGAUUUGAUCUUUGGUAUGAAAUGAUGUUGCCACCAAAUUUCCAGAAGUCCAAAAAAUAUCCUCUUUUCAUUGAUGUUUAUGGUGGCCCCUGCAGUCAGAGUGUGAACUAUCAGUUCAAGCUGAACUGGGGCACGUACCUCUCCAGCUCGCUUGGAAUCAUCGUCGCCAGCUUUGAUGGAAGGGGAAGCGGUUACCAAGGCGAUGAAAUAUUACACGCAAUCUACAAACGCCUCGGGACAUUUGAGGUGGAAGAUCAGAUAGCAGCUGUGAGGAAGUUCAUCGACAUGGGUUUCAUUGACAAGGAUAGAAUUGCGAUUUGGGGUUGGUCAUAUGGCGGUUAUGUCUCCUCCAUGGCCUUGGGUGCUGGAACUGGCCUCUUCAAGUGUGGGAUCGCAGUGGCCCCUGUAGCUAACUGGGAAUAUUAUGAUGCCAUUUACACUGAGCGCUAUAUGGGCCGACCCACAGAGAAUUCAGAUGCCUACAAAAAUUCUACAGUCACAUCCAGAGCAAAGAACUUCAAAAAGGUUUCCUAUCUGCUGGUUCACGGCACAGCAGAUGACAACGUUCACUUCCAGCAGGCUGCGCAGAUUUCCAAAGCUCUGGUGGACGAGCAAGUGGAUUUUGAGGCAAUGUGGUACACGGAUAAGGACCAUUCUCUUGGUGGAUCAGCUUAUCCUCACCUGUACACACUCAUGAGCAACUUCCUGCAGAAAUGCCUCCUUAAUCCCAAGUAGAUGUGAAAAAUGAACAAAUUUCAUAGUGAAACCUCAUUUUUUUUAUCUGUUUUAAUUAAAAUUCCAGCUGAUAUUGAGAAUUUUGGGAUACGUUUUAGCCAUUUUUACAUAGCUGCUCGUUUCAGGGUUUGUUAAAGAAUGUGACCUUUAGGAAUAAAAGCAUGCACUUGAAGAUGCAAAUAUUGAUGUUUUUAUGUAAAUGUGAUCACACACACAGAUGAUUAAUCACACCUCAUGGUUUAGAUGUGAAGUCUGAUGUCUGUUUCUGUGUUGUUUGGAUAAUAAAUGGAAUAAAGAUUGUUUUUAAAACAAA